UGUGACGUAUAUUAUGUCUAACAAUUACGUUUAACAGAAAAAAGAAGACGCAUCAGGACCAUAUCUGUUUUUAUAUUUUUGUAUUUAUUAUUAUUAAAUGUGCUAAUAUGUUUUUGGCCAGGCAGCUGUUUGGGCAGCUUUAACUGGAGAGGAAAGAAUUUACCGUGGUUUGGACCGAGGCGGAUUGUUUUAAAGCAAAACCUGCUAGUUUUCAACUCCGCUCCAUGAAUGAAGUUGGUCUGAGCCUGGCCUGGUUCGGCCACUAAUUUACACCAUUUAUUCUUCAUUUUUUAAUCGUGAAGCUGAAAUCUAUUUUUUGUUUAUUCGUCUUUAUUACGACGAAUCAGUCAGGUGAGUCGUCCACCUGCCCUGGUUCUUCUUCUUUGGUUGCAUCAUGGAGCUGGCUUAUGUGUGUGAGUGGGAGAAACGUCCAAAGAGCACCCACUGCCCAUCCAUCCCUCUGGUCUGCUCCUGGUCCUGCAGGAACCUGAUAGCCUUCACCACAGACCUGAAGAAUGACGACGAUGACAAAGAUGUCAGUCACAUGAUCCACAUCAUCGACACCGAGCACCCCUGGGACAUGUUCUCCAUCAACUCUGGCCACAGUGAGGUCAUUUCCUGUCUGGAGUGGGACCAGUCAGGUUCUCGGCUGCUGUCCGCUGAUGGUGACGGUCAGAUUAAGUGCUGGUCCAUGUCGGACCACCUGGUCAACAGCUGGGAGUGCGCCUUCUCCAGCUCUGUGGAUGGAGAUCCCAUCGUGGCUCUGAGCUGGCUGCACAACGGUGUCAAACUGGCCCUGCAUGUCGAGAUGUCUGGCUCCACCAACUUCGGGGAGAAGUUUUCCAGGGUGAAGUUCUCUCCGUCUAUGACUCUUUUCGGCGGGAAGCCGAUGGAGGGCUGGUUGGCGGUGACGGUGAGCGGUCUGGUCAGCGUGUCGCUGCUGAAGCCGGGCGGCGCUCUGCUGACGGCCAGCGAGAGCCUGUGCCGGCUGAGAGGCCGCGUGGCCUCGGCCGACAUCGCCUUCACCGGCGGCGGGAACAUCGUGGUGGCGGCCACCGAUGGCAGCAGCUCCUCCCCGGUCCAGUUCUACAAGGUGCAGGUGAGCGUUGUGAGCGAGAAAUGUCGCAUCGACACCGAGCUGCUGCCAUCGCUGUUCCUGCGCUGCACCACCGACCCCAUGAGGAGGGACAAGUACCCGGCCGUCACCCACCUCAAGUUCCUGACCCGGGAGAACUCGGAGCAGGUGUUGCUGUGUGCGUCCAAUCAGAGCGGCAGCAUCGUGGAGUGCUGGUCGCUGAGGAAGGAGGGACUUCCUGUUAAUAACAUCUUCCAGCACCGCUCUCCAGUUGUGGGCGAGAAGCAGCCGACCAUCCUGAAGUGGCGCAUCCUGACGACCACCAGCGACCUGGAGCGCGUUUCCACCAUGGCUCUACCCAAACUGCCCAUCUCCACCUCCAACACCGACCUGAAGGUGGCCUCAGACACCAAGUUCUUUCCUGGGCUCGGUCUGGCUCUGGCCUUCCACGACGGCAGCAUCCAGAUCCUCCAUCGCCUCUCCCUCCACACCAUGGCAGUCUUCUAUGGCUCCUCCUCCGCCCAGCGGCCUGGAGACGAGGCGGCUAUCAAACGGCAGAGGACCGCAGGUCCCGCCCUCCAUUUCAAGGCCCUGCAGUUAUCCUGGACCUCAUUGGCCCUAGCUGGAGUUGACAGCCACGGAAAGCUCCACAUGCUGCGAGUGUCGCCCUCUAUGGGCCAAGUGUUGGACAUGAACACCACACUGCGCCACCUGCUGUUUCUGUUAGAGUACUGCAUGGUGACGGGCUAUGACUGGUGGGACGUUCUGCUGCACGUUCAGCCCACUAUGGUCCACAACCUGGUGGAGAAGCUGCACGAGGAGUACAUGAGGCAGAACCAGGCGCUACAGCAGGUUCUGGCGACACGCAUCGUAGCCGUCAAGGCCUCCCUCUGUAAACUCUCCACGGCAACGGCUGCGCGAGCGUGUGACUUUCACGCCAAACUGCUGCUGAUCGCCAUCAGCUCCACCUUAAAGUCUCUGCUCAGACCUCACGUCCUCAACACGCCCGACAAGAGUCCAGGUGACCGACUGACGGAGAUCUGCGCCAAGAACACAGACACAGACAUUGAUAAGGUGAUGAUCAAUCUGAAGACGGAGGAGUUUGUUCUGGAUGGACCUCCUCUGCAGUCGUUGCAGCAGCUCAUCCAGUGGGUGGGAGACUUUGUCCUGUACCUGCUGGCAAACCUGCCCAACCAGGUGAGCCAGGGCUCCAUUGUGCGGCCCGGUUUUGGCUUCAUGAGAGACGGGGCGUCUUUGGGAAUGCUGAGGGAGAUGCUGGUGAUGAUCCGGAUCUGGGGUCUGCUGAAGCCCGGCUGCCUCCCCACUUUCACGGCCAUGUCAGACAACCAGGACAGCAUGCAGCUGCUGUUCAGACUGCUCACCAAGCUGUGGCUGUGCUCUCGGGAGGAUGGCACCUCCCAGGAACCUGACGAGAGCCUAAUAGACGAAUGUUGCCUUCUGCCCAGCCAGCUGCUGGUUCCCAGUAUGGACUGGCUCCCAGUGAACGAUGGGAUCAUUGUGAAGCUGCAGGGUAAGCUCCCCCUCCGGCUGCAGUUUGGAAGAGCCUCAUCGCUGCAGGUAGUGGGAGGCACCGCCCCUCUGGACGUCUUCACCAGGAGUCCCGGAGCUCAGAAGAUGGACAACCUGCGCUGCAUCCACAUGGGCGUCAGUCCCACCGAGGAGAGUAAAGUGUGCACCAGGUGCGGCUGUGUGACGAUGCUGCGAUCUCCCAACAAGACGAACGCCAUGAAGCAGUGGGAGCAGCGCUGGAUCAAGAACUGCCUCUGUGGGGGUCUGUGGAGGAGGAUCCCGCCAACGUUCUCCUGAACCCCC